AUGGGGGAAGUAGUUACCGAAAGACGAGAGCCCUUUGGUUUCCUUACCCGCAGAGGGAGUGACCGCUUUAGCGAUCUUCCCCCGAUCAAAACCGCUCUAAUUAGGGCCGUCAUGACAGAAAGGAUCACCGUGUCACGGUCGCAGUCCGUGGCGUGGGAUCGCCGGAAUGGCUCCAACGGAACGAACCGCUCCACGUCCAACGGAAGAGGAAGGGCGGAAAGUGGGGGCUUGCGUCAAAGUUCGGCCCCGGAACUGGCCGAAAUAGGCGAGAAGAUGGCCUUUUUUGACGCGGACAAGCCAGACCAGGGGCUCAAUGAAGUACCCAAAGAAACAUUUGUGACGUCAGCAGGGGGUAGCUUGACGUCAAAUGACAGGGGCGAGACGUCAGCCGGGACGAGCGUGACGUCAGCAGGGGGCAUCGCGCCGCUCUCAAGAGAGCCCAGCAGAGCCCUGAGGGACAAGUUUGUCCUCGAGAAAUGGCCUUCGGCAAACAAUGGCCUGGAAGCAAUUCAAAGGGAUCCCGCUGACGUCAUCCUUGGCGCAGACGUUCGGGUUGACAGCUCGAGUUCCGUUUCCGUUCCGUCCUGGAGAGGCUUCGACAGCGCGAAGCGGCCGCGGUGGCUGCGCGCGCAAGGGCAGGAGGCGGAGGCGCUGCUUCCGGCGGAAGAGGAGGGCGGGCUAGCGGGACCGGAACCGCAGCGGAAUGAGCUUGGUUCUGACACUCCAAGUAAGGAGAACGGACCCAGAAGUAGGUCAGUCUCAGGGGCGAAGCAAACGAGCCAGGCAAAGGGUGGAGGGGAGUCUGACAGUAAGAAGGAGGCGUUCAAUCCGCUGGAAGAAAAAGUGUGCGGAAUGGAUCUGGUGGUCGGAUCGAGGGAGGCGGAAGCAGUGGUGCCGGACGCAGUGCAGGAAGGGGCUUACGGACCAGCGAGCGGGAACGGAAUGCGUCAGCGGAAUGCAGAGGAAAGUGCUUAUGGCAACGGCGGACGGCGGGACGAUGAGAACGGAACGGAAAAUGGAGAGAACUGGGUGCUCGAGGGCGACGACUCUAGCACUGAGGGCGACACGUUCACUCACCGGGAAGAUGUCCGGAAGGGUUCUAGUUCGGACACGGAAUGUAACGGAAACGGAGCGAAGGCAAUAACGGCUGUCACAAGGAGGACGCAAGCAGUUGAAAGCAAGAGCCCACGGAACGGAAGCGAUGGGAAAGAAACGGAAACGGACAGCUUCGAACGCAUGCGUCUCGUGGAUGUGCCAAGAGAGGUGAGAACACUACCGGGAAACACGGAGAGUGCCGGACCAAAGCUCCGUGUGGCGCUCCCCGACGUGCCCGACGCAGCGGAACAACGGACAGCGGAACCGGAACCCGAUGUUGACGUCUUCCGCAACCGAGUCCUCGCGCAGGGAUGCUUGAGCGCCUCUCCUCCACUUGGCACCCGUCUCGGUGGUCCGUCCAUUUCCGGCGGUCCGUCCGUUCCGUCCAUUCCGCCCGUACGGACCAGUCCGGAAAUCUCAUCCAACUCCGGCCAUGUACCUGGUUCCGGUCCGUUCGUUUUCGAGGACAUUCCGUUCGAUCCUCCCUUGCGAACUACGAAAACUGUGUCCGUUCCGAGCGUUUCAUCCGUUCUCGAGCUCAAGUCUGUUCCGUCCGUUCCGUCCGGUGCCAGCGUUCCGCCCGCUUUAGCCCCCGCAAGCCCUGCCUUUUCCUUCGUUCCGGCCAGGAUGGUGGGGGCGCUCAAGAAGCGAACGGAACGGCAAACGGAGACACGGACGGAAGAUGAAAGGGACGAGGAAACGGAACGAGGGAUGGAAUUUCGCCCGGCGACUUGGAACGUCGGGCAGAGUUCCGUCGAUCUACGCAACGGAACGUUCCGGGUCCGCGACAGCCAGGGUUUCAGGGUUUGGGCGAGCGCGUUCGGGGCGUCGCGGCCGGUUCUGGCCGGAGAAACAAACAGGGGACUCGAACCCAGUCCAGAACCGAUGGUUAAGGACAUGGUUAGUGGGACGCUUCGGACUUCUUUGGACGCGCAAACGGACGUUAACCGGGCGGUGAAGACUGCGAUAAACCCUCUGUUCGAGCUCUUGGCGACGCCCCCGGUUACUUCCCCGGUUAAGUCCCCGGUUAGCGCAUCAAGUCAACCCCCGCUACAAGCCUUGGCUAACUCUCCGAACGACAAGUCCGGUUCCGGAUCUUCGUUCAGAUCACCCGCCAUCGACACCCCGGUCAGGUCUCCGUUAGGCAAACCUCCGCUUAAUCGAACGCUGAGCAUCCCGGUUAAGCCCCCGGUGAGUCCUAGUCCAAGCGCCUGGGAGACGGAAACAACGGAAUCGACAGAAACAACGGAAUCACCGGUCGAGCGGAGACACGCCUUGACGGCCGGAGGGCAACCCGGGUUACCGACCGGGUUAACGACAGGGCUCUGGUCCGGAAACCGACCGCCACCAGAGAUGAGGGGAAUCUGGGCGCUCCGCAAGAGCUGGGAUGUGGCUGCGAAGACGGUUAGGCAAACCCAGAGCUUAACCCUCACAAACUCGGAACCGCCCCAGGAAGCGCCCACCUUCAAACCCUUCAAGCUUCCGGAGUCCCGCGCGCUCGUAGUGCGCGCGAGCAAGCCGAGCGAAGCAGCCCUGCUUCCGGUUACGCAAACCCAAAUCUUGACGAUCGCAAACCCAAUUCGGACGCCAACCUUGGAGGCCCUGUUUCCGACGCGGUUGAAGCCGGGGGAGCGGUCAGAGGACGGGACGCCCGGCAAGGUGCUGCUGCGCAGGGCCCUCUCGGUCGGGUUAUGGCGGAAAAAGCGGUUUGGGGGAUUGACCGGUGGCAAUAACCGGGCAGGGUUAUCGCAGAGUCUUGGGGUCUCGGAGACCGCAGGAAAGCUGCCGAGGAGCCUGACUGAGGGAUCCCUUCGAGGGGAGAAACCGCGACGGAAGCUGAGCCACAGCCGCAGUCUCUCCGCAGCAAUUUGGAGUCGCGCAGGGGUGAAAACCAGCUUGAGACUGCCCCCCCCGGAAGGCCGGAACAGUGCCGCGGGGAAAGCCGGGGGCCCUGUGGCGCUGAGGCGGUGCUAUAUCAAGCGGCUGCGGGAAGUAACGGAUGGAGAAACAGGGCCUCCGGCAUACAGCCUGGCGGAGGAUCCGGCGGGGCCGGGCGUGCUGAAGGCGUUUCCGGCGGGCGGAACGGAGCAGCGGAGCUUCCGGAUCUUCGCGGGGCGGAACAAGCGCGUCUGGCGAGCAGCCGCGAAGGGCAAACAGCAGCCCAUUGCCGAACUGGCGGCCUCUUCCGGCGGAGCACAGUUCGUCCUGUUCCAACUGGGCGGAAUCCGAUACCAAGCGGCGCGCAUGUCGAACCGAAAAAUGGGAUCGGAAGCGGGCUGGAAAGGCGCGGAGGCGUCUGCUUCGGACGCCCGAACGGAGACCAUGGCGCUGUCCGACGAGGGCGGGCGGCUGGUCGUGGUGCUUCCGAGUGACGUCACGCGGACGUGCUCGACGCCGCUGCUCGCCAAGUGGCGCUCACCCGAGGCCGCCUGCGACUGUGGAGGCUGGGACGAAAAGUGCCACGUGGACGUCUGCGAAGGAAGGAAGCCCAAGGGGCGCGAGAACGACGAGCUGGCGGGCGCCGAUGGGUCCGGGGCGCUGAGAAUAAGCGGCCAGGAUGACGUCAGCAGGACGUGUCUGGUGAUGAUGCAUGCCGGGGGGGACGAUUUCGUGCUGGAGCACCACCCCCGGCUGAGCGCACUCCAGGCGUUCGGAGCGGCGGUCGGAGUUCUGGAAACUCUGAGAAAGUGA